UAAUCGCCGAAGUCGCGAUCUCCGGGCAGGGCGAAGAGGUCGGACCCCUCAGAGCCGCUCAAGCUGUCGCGCGGACUCCACAUUCCAACGGAAAAGCUCUCGUGUGAACGUGCGCCGAAGCAGCCCGUCUUGUCUCUGGCUCGGCUUAGGCUCCGAGAGACAUCACCCCACACACACACACUUGAUUUUUUUCUCUCACACACAGUACCCAAGUCACCCUAAUAUCCCGCAAAUAUGUCGGACGACGAGGAGCAAUACUCGGGUAGGGCGUCCCAAAAGGAUUCCGGUGAAAAUGUCGAGUUUAUGAGGAGGCAGGAACAGAAGAGAAGCGACCUCGACGAACAACUGAAGGAAUAUAUUUCGGAAUGGAGAAAACAGAGAGCAAAGGAGGAGGAAGAACUGAAGCGCCUCAAGGAGAAGCAGGCGAAACGCAAGAUCUCGCGUGCCGAAGAAGAGAAGCGAUUGGCCCAAAAGAAGAAGGAGGAGGAGGAGCGCCGCCAACGUGAAAUUGAGGAGAAGAAACAGCGAGAUAUCGAAGAGAAGAGAAGACGUUUGGAAGAGUCCGAGAAGAAGCGCCAGGCUAUGAUGCAGGCAAUGAAGGACCAGGCGAGCAAGAAAGGACCCAACUUCACCAUUACGAAAAAAGACCUAUCCGGAAAUCUCUCGUCGGCACAAUUAGAACGCAACAAGACGAAAGAGCAGCUGGAGGAGGAGAAGAAAAUCUCUCUAAGCAUCCGUAUUAAACCAUUGGAUAUCGAAGGUCUUGGCAUUGAUAAAUUACGUAAUAAAGCUACCGAUCUUUGGGAAGCCAUCGUUAAGCUUGAAACCGAAAAAUACGAUCUUGAGGAGCGCCAAAAGCGUCAAGAUUAUGACCUGAAAGAGUUGAAGGAAAGACAAAAGCAGCAGCUCAGGCACAAGGCCCUCAAAAAGGGUCUUGACCCCGAAGCUCUUACAGGCAAAUAUCCCCCCAAAAUCCAAGUUGCUUCAAAAUAUGAACGUCGCGUGGAUACUAGGUCUUAUGACGAUAAGAAGAAACUAUUCGAAGGCGGCUUGACGGAAGCGCAGAAAGAGUCAACGGAGAAAAAUUGGACCCAGCAGAAAGAACAAUUCCUUGGCCGUCAAAAAGCGAAGCUGCCGAAGUGGUUCGGUGAAAGGCCGGGUAAGAAGGCCGGCGAUCCAGAGUCGCCGGAAGGUGAGGAAGACGUAAAGGCCGCGGCCGACGACGACCUCGAGGAGCCUCAGUUCGACGAGGACGAAGAGGAGGAGGGUAGCGAGAACCAGGAGGAGGAAGAGGAGGAAGAAGAGGAGGAGGAGGACGAGGAGGAGGAGGAGGAGGAGGAAGAGGAGGAAGAGGAAGAGGAGGAGGAGGAAGAGGAGGAGGAGUAAAUAUCGGGACGGAAUGCAAAGCGUGACUUCUUCAACUGAACGUGUAUUUACGAGCAUCGACAACGCUAAUGUCACAAUAUUUCGUCCGAGGAGCCAAAUUUUAUUUAUCGAAUUUCUACAUUCGCAGCACCAGCAUCUCUCUCCUCUAUUAUUCUACUUAUUAUUACUAUAUUAUUAUUGUACAUGUCAUAAAUGCUGCACGAUAAACGCGUCGCUAUAUACAUAUACAUAUA